AAUAGCCGGGCUGCACUGGGCCCCUGGUGUUUGGUGAGGCGAUGGCCAGCGCUGAUAACUCGGCCCUGGACUCUCCCUGGAAUCCUUCGCCUGCCAUGCCUUUGACCUCUGGCAGAGGAAACUAUAAAGCCGAGGCGGGUGUCUGGUCUCAGUCAGGGCGUAGGGGGUGCAAGGAGCAGGCGGGAGGCUCCCAGGCCAGGGACGAUGGCGGCGCUGCAGGAGAAGAAGACGUGCGGACAGCGCAUGGAGGAGUUCCAGCACUACUGCUGGAAUCCGGACACGGGGCAGAUGCUGGGCCGCACCCUGUCCCGGUGGGUGUGGAUCAGCCUGUACUACGUGGCCUUCUACGUGGUGAUGACUGGGCUCUUCGCCCUGUGCCUCUACGUGCUAAUGCAGACGGUUGACCCGUACACGCCCGACUACCAAGACCAGCUACGGUCACCAGGGGUAACCUUAAGGCCGGAUAUUUACGGGGAGAAAGGCCUGGAAAUUGUCUACAACGUCUCUGAUAACAGAACCUGGGCAGACCUCACACAGACUCUCCACACCUUCCUAGCAGGCUACUCUCCAGCAGCCCAGGAGGACAGCAUCAACUGCACCUCCGAGCAGUACUUCUUCCAGGAGAGUUUCUCCGCUCCCAACCACACCAAGUUCUCCUGCAAGUUCAUGGCAGAUAUGCUGCAGAACUGCUCAGGCCUGGCGGAUCCCAACUUCGGCUUUGAAGAAGGAAAGCCGUGUUUUAUUAUUAAAAUGAACAGGAUUGUCAAGUUCCUCCCCAGCAACGGCUCGGCCCCCAGAGUGGACUGCGCCUUCCUGGACCAGCCCCGCGAGUUCGGCCAGCCGCUGCAGGUCGAGUACUACCCUCCCAACGGCACCUUCAGUCUGCACUACUUCCCUUAUUACGGGAAAAAAGCCCAGCCUCACUACAGCAACCCUCUGGUGGCCGCGAAGCUCCUCAAUGUCCCCUGGAACGCUGAGGUCGCCAUUGUGUGCAAGGUCAUGGCAGAGCACGUGACCUUCGACAAUCCUCACGACCCGUAUGAAGGGAAAGUGGAGUUCAAACUCAAGAUUGAGAAGUGAAACGGUUUGCGCAGGGGUCCUGGGCACAGCCUGCGGUGUCGCUCAUGGACGCCCUCAUGGUUGGGCUUCCCUUGCCCCUCAGCUCCCUGCCAAAUCAUACCCAAAGUGGUUUAGAGCAGCAACGGUGUUGUCAGUGUGGGAACUCCAGAGAAGUGCCCACAGUGAAGGGCCUGCUCGCGAGUAUCAGUUCUUCCUUCUUGAAUUCUUAGUUUUUAAAUGGAAUUUGCUGCUAUAAGAAUGUCCAGCUAACAUGGGAACGCCAAGGCAGCAACUCUAAUUUACCAGGUUGUAAAAACAAUUCGUCUUCUCCUGUGUAGACAUCACUUUCUUAUUAUAAUUUAUUUUUCUACACUUCAAUAUGAACUGCCCACAUUAAUAUAACUAUUAAUGCACUGAUAUGAAACACGGCUUACACUAAUGACAUUCUGAAUUCUUUUAAAAUUGCAAUUCCUAUGUUGUAAACAUAAAAUACAUUAAAGUUACUCUUAUUGUAUGUAAAAAAAAAAAAUCAUGUGUUUCCUGAUAUGGGAGAAAAAUUAAACCAAACACUUCCUUAAAAA